GUCAGAGGUUGGGAUCUCAGCAACCUCUGAAGACUUGAGACUGUGAAGACCACCUGCCCAGCUGUGGACAUCCCAGGGUUUGGAAUCAUGACUCCAAUUUUCUUCCUGGCCACUCUUUGCUUGGGAGUUGUCUCAGCUGCUCCAACACAUGAUCCCAGUUUGGAUGCUGUAUGGGAGGAAUGGAAGACAAAACAUGGGAAAACAUACAACACGAAUGAAGAAGGACAGAAGAGAGCAGUGUGGGAGAACAACAUGAAGAUGAUCAACCUGCACAACGGGGACUACCUGAAGGGGAAGCACAGCUUCAGCUUGGAGAUGAACGCCUUUGGUGAUUUGACCAAUACAGAAUUCAGAGAAUUGGUGACUGGCUUUCAAAGCCUGGGACCCAAGGAGACAACCAUCUUCCAUAAGCCCUUGCUGGGUGAUGUCCCCAAGUCUGUGGAUUGGAGAGAGCAUGGCUAUGUGACUCCUGUGAAAGACCAGGGUCAUUGUGGUGCUUGCUGGGCUUUUAGUGCAGUUGGUUCUUUGGAAGGACAAAUAUUCCGGAAAACAGGCAAACUGGUCUCUCUGAGUGAACAGAACCUAGUGGAUUGCUCCUGGUCCUAUGGCAACCUAGGUUGCAAUGGUGGCUUUAUGGAGUUUGCCUUCCAGUAUGUGAAGGAAAACAGAGGCCUGGACACAAGGGAGUCUUAUGAAUAUGAAGCCCAGGAUGGACCCUGCAGGUAUGAUCCUAAGUACUCUGCAGCUAACGUCACAGGCUUUGUGAAAGUCCCAGUGAGCGAAGAUGCCCUUAUGAAUGCUGUGGCCACUGUGGGGCCCGUCUCAGUUGGAAUUGACACUCAUCACCACUCCUUCAGGUUCUACAGCGGGGGCAUGUACUAUGAGCCAGACUGUAGCAGCACUCUUCUGGAUCACGCUGUCCUGGUGGUUGGCUAUGGUGAAGAGUCAGAUGGCAGGAAGUACUGGCUGGUCAAGAACAGCUGGGGUGAAGACUGGGGCAUGGAUGGCUACAUAAAGAUGGCCAAAGACCAGGACAACAACUGUGGAAUUGCUACAUAUGCCAUCUACCCCACCGUGUGAGCUGCCGGACAGCAAGAAAGGGACAGCAAGAAAGAAGGAGUAGACUGGGCACGGCGCAUGUAGAGAGGAGGGUGUUCCUCUUCACAGACCAGCCAGCCUCUGCUCUGUGGGGAACAGUAGCUGAGUCACUGAAGGUCCAUCCUGCGAUGUGCGUUCUGGGACAUUUUACUCCAGUUAAAUGUGACUGCCAAUCUGCUGCUGUAAGCAGCUUUGUAUCAAUGAGUUCUGAAUUUUCAUUUUCUUUCUUUUUUAUUUUUUCUUUACAAGAUGUACAGAAUUUCUAUAAAACCUACAUUUAAAAGA